AUGCAAUGUCCGGAACCGGUUUUUGCUAUGCAAGAGGCAUAUAGACACUUUUACCACUGUGAACCUCCUCCCAUAACAUCAUCCUCAUUUCCACUAGAUACUCUUUUCUCCGAUAUUUCCUCUUCAUGGGCCAGAGCCAUUCACUCAGUGGCGCAAUCACCCCACCCUCGCCAAUGCAUAAAGAUUGGAACUGUAGAGAUUACCUUCGAUGCUGAAAUUUGUUUCAUCAGGGUCUCUCCUCGAACCUGUUAUGUCGUUCCCUAUACAAUGAUUCUAUGCUUCUCCGACAUGUGUGCUGCUUGGUUUACCGUAGACUGCUAUUGCUGGAUUCAUAACGAUAAGUACCCAGGACAGUCCCUCUCAUAUAAAUACAGAACUUGCCUCAAUCAC